UUUCAACAAAUUUUGAAAUAAUUUCGAUUUCAACAUUUUUAGACGUCCCGCCUCCGUGAAGCUGAGGAAAAGGAGCAGCCGCGUUGAUCUUACGCUCGAUAAUCCCCAACCCCAAAACCCUAUUUCUCUCUCUCUUAUCCUCUCGAUCUUUCUACCUCUACAUUUGCAAUUUAUUCGAAUCCGGAUCCUUCGGUUUCCAUCGCAGCAGCCGAUUUCUCCUUCUUCUUCGCGCUCUAUUCCCCGUUUUCCAGCUGAGCUGCGGCCACAAUGAGGAAAGGUACUAAGAGGAAGACAGCUCGAAAAGAAGAAGAUAAACCUGUAGAACCUAAGCGCAAAGAAGCUCCGUCUCGAGCCAAGCGGGCCAAGCUCCCCAAACCCGAAUCCGAACCCGAGUACUUUGAGGACAAGCGUAACUUGGAAGAUCUGUGGAAAGCAGCAUUUCCUGUUGGGACAGAGUGGGAUCAAUUGGACACGGUUUAUCAAUUCAACUGGAAUUUCUCAAAUCUAGAAGAUGCAUUUGAAGAGGGGGGAAAGUUGUAUGGUGAGAAGGUUUAUCUAUUUGGUUGUACAGAGCCUCAAUUGGUUCCUUUCAAGGGUGAAAAUAAAGUUAUAUGCAUACCUGCUGUGGUGGCUGUUGUAUCUCCUUUCCCACCUUCUGAUAAAAUUGGAAUAAACUCUGUUCAAAGGGAGGCUGAAGAGAUAGUUCCCAUGAAACAGAUGAAGAUGGACUGGGUUCCUUAUAUUCCUUUGGAGAAAAGAGAGAGCCGAGUUGAUAAGUUGAAAUCUCAAAUAUUCAUUCUCAGUUGCACUCAGAGAAGAGCUGCUUUGAAGCAUUUGAAAAUAGAUCGUGUCAAGAAAUAUGAGUAUUGCUUGCCCUAUUUCUACCAGCCUUUUAAGGAAGAUGAAUUUGAACAAAGCACUGAGGUUCCAAUUAUUUUUCCGAUUGACCCAAAGCCAGUUUUCUGUGAGUUUGAUUGGGAAUUAGAUGAACUCGAGGAGUUCACAGAUAAGUUGAUCGAGGAGGAAGAAUUAUCUGAAAGUCAAAAGGACGCCUUCAAGGAUUUUGUAAAGGAGAAAGUUAGAGAGGCCAAAAAAGCCAAUAGAGAGGCUAGGGAAGCACGGAAAAAGGCCAUUGAGGAAAUGAGCAAAGAAACUAAAGAAGCGUUUGAGAAGAUGAAAUUUUACAAGUUUUACCCUGUACAAACGCCUGAUACACCCGAUAUAUCUAAUGUUAAGGCACCAUUUAUAAAUAGGUACUACGGAAAGGCUCAUGAAGUUCUGUGAUCUUAUACCAUGGCUGGCACAAGAUAGAAAUUGAUAUAAAGCUCCUUCAGGUUCAGAUUUUGUUCAACGUUUAAAGGUACUGUUCCCAUUAUGCUGAAAUUUGUGAUGCCAAUGCCUUCCAACUUAUUACAUCAAUCUAGCGAUGACGGGAUCUUGAACAGUAGCCCUCCGAAAUCCUUAGAUAGACUGCUGUAAUAUUUAGGAUCAUGCUUUCUUUCUUUGAUCGUUCUUUCUUUUUUGAGAUUUCUUCUUUCCGUCAGUAAAAAAGGACUUUAGAACCUCACUGACCUCUAGUUGGAGUAUAUUGGUGUAAUUCUGUUCAUUAUUCCAUCCAUCACUUCAGUUUUGUAUAACCAUAGUUUCAGUUCUACAUCCUCGAGAACAAAUUAUGUUACCUGCUUACUGCACUUGAAAUGCCAUUACACAUUUUUACAGUAUUUGAAGGAUAUUUGUUUUAUUCCAUUUGUCAAAUAAUUUGUUCA